AUGGCAACAUUUUCAUCUUUCCUCGUAUCCCUUGUCCUUCUCCUCCUCACAGCCCUAACCAUCUCAAUAUCGGAUGCAGGCAACGCCCCGUUUGCAGGCAGGUGGGUCCCAACCACGAAGGGCCAGAAUGCAAGCUCGGUCGAGGAGUGCCUGGCAGAGAAUGAGUUUGGAAUCAUGGACUCUAAGAUUAGCCGACGGAUCCUCGCAACUUCCCAGUUCAUCAGCUACCAAGCCCUGAGAAGCAACUCGGUCCCAUGCUCCCGGAGGGGAGCCUCAUACUACAACUGCCGGCCUGGGGCCGAAGCCAAUCCCUACAUACACGCAUGCACAACCCUGUCCCAAUGUCGAAGCUAA